GUGUAGUCUAUGGUAAUGUUGUUGCAGCUCCUACAGAUAUUUUCAUAAACAAUGCCCAGUUUGUGAAAUGUGAAAGUAGAUUGAUACGCUUUAACAAUGCUUUAUUUGUUUUGAAAUGUAUUUAUUAAUUUACUUUGCUUUUUAAAAUUUGUAGAAAGUUUAUUUUUGUCUGAUAAUACCUGCACACUAAAUUGAGUGAAGCAUAAGGCUAGUCAGCGGGGGUUGCCGCCGGCGCCGCCCAUGACAGACGAUGAGCGAUGAGGGGGGCAUCGAGUGCGUGUACGAGCUCCUGCAGGACGUGCAGCUCGAGCAGUUCCUCACCAGGAUCAGAGAUGACCUGCAGAUCACGCGGCUGUCCCACUUCGACCACGUGCAGCCGGAGGACCUGGAGAGGAUCGGCAUGGGCCGGCCGGGUGUGCGGCGGCUGCUGGAGGCCGUCAGGAAGCGCAAGACCCAGCAGUGGCGGCGGAACCUGCUGACGAGGCUGAUCCCCGUCGCGGCCGCCGGCAGGCAGGCCUCCUCCGCCGGCCAGGGCGCCAAGCGGAACCCCUCCUCCGACUGCCUCGUCAACGCCGGCCUCACCUGCCUCGUUCAGGAGCGGGACGUCGCGCUCUCGAGCAAGCUGGGGGACGGCUCGUUCGGCGUGGUGCGCCGCGGGGAGUGGACGACGCCCUCGGGACACACCCAGGCGGUGGCCGUCAAAGUGCUGAAGCAGGACGCGCUCAGCCAGCCGGGCGUGUUCGAGGACUUCAUCAAGGAAGUGCAGUCCAUGCACAACCUGGACCACCCCAACCUGAUCAGGUUGUAUGGGGUGGUGCUGUCGCAGCCUCUGAUGAUGGUUACGGAACUGGCGCCACUGGGCAGCUUACUGGACUACCUGCGCAAGCAGUGUCACCAUCUGCCUGUCACGACGUUGUGGGACUACGCUCUCCAGGUGGCCACCGGCAUGGCGUACCUAGAGUCCAAGAGGUUCCUUCAUCGCGACCUGGCCUGCAGGAACGUCCUCCUCGCGUCUGCCGAUAAGGUGAAAAUCGGCGACUUCGGGCUGAUGAGGGCUCUGCCCCAGCAGGAGGACUGCUACGUCAUGACGGAGCACAAGAAGGUGCCCUUCCCGUGGUGCGCGCCGGAGAGCCUGAAGAACCGGCAGUUCAGCCAUGCUUCGGACACGUGGAUGUUUGGAGUGACUCUGUGGGAGAUGUUCUCGUUUGGCGAGGACCCGUGGAUGGGGCUGAAUGGUACGCAGAUCCUGCGGAAGAUUGACCGCGAAGGGGAACGCCUCCCUCAGCCAGAUGCGUGCUCCUGGGAUGCGUAUCAGCUGAUGUUACAGUGUUGGGCGAAAAAUCCAACUGAUCGUCCGACAUUCCUUGCUUUAAAGAAUUAUUUCUCUGAAACCUUUCCGCCCGUAAUGAAGGCUUUGAGGAAGUUCGAGGAACCCAACAAGAUGAUUAUUGAGGAAGGAGACAACAUCAUUGUCAUUGAUGGCAGGGCCGAGCUGUACUGGUGGAAGGGGCAGAACCAGCGGACGUUCCAGGUGGGGCAGUUUCCCCGGUGCCUGGUGAACCCCAUGCGCAGGAAAGCGGUGGAAGACAUCAGCAAGCCACUGCAGAACUCUUUCAUUCACACAGGUCACGGUUCGCCGUACAACAAGUCCUGGGGAAGCCCCGCCUUCAUCGACGAGGUGUACCUGCACAACCCCAUGGUACCGCCGGACUUCCUGGGGGUCCCGCAGGACGCGGGGCCGGCGCCCAAACUGCCCGACCGCAGGAGGAAGCUGGUGCAGCCGAGCCUGAAGGGGAGGAACGCGAAGCAGUUCAACUACGCCAAGCUGACCAAUGAGGUCGGCGAGCGGCGGGACCCGGGGCCCGGCCCCUCCACGGAGGGCCCGCAGCCGCUCGCGGCCAACGGCGUGCCGAGCGACGAGGCCGUCCUCGUCGACCUGGGGGGCUCACAGGACGUGCCGAGCGCCAGCAGCCUGGUACUGUCUCUCCCCCGGCGGAGCGACGGGCAGCCCUUGUCCAUCCUGGACGAGCCCAUCGACACUGCGGAGGACGAAACAUGGAGAGAUGCAGAUUGUACCAGCCACACAUAUGCUAAUUGUACAAGUCAGUGCAACAGUGCAGAGAUGCAGGACCUCACAAGGAAAUCCAUCUCUCCGGAUCCCUUCGACACUUCCCGGGUGUUUAGUCCCAGUCGCUACUACUCGCACGUCUCGCCGGAGCCAUUAUCCCUGCCCAUCAGGAUGACAGACGUCGGUGCCAACGCCUAUCGGAACGUAGACCAGUACAGCGAGAUCCCCGAACCGUCCUCCGUGUCGCGGGAUUGGCCGGCAGACGUGGACUUGAGGCAGGUGGAGUUGAUGGAGUUUUCCCCUCCGGCAAUGCCGUCCCUCCCGUGCGUGGGGCCUCCGGACACGGCGACUCGGUCGCCCGCUAAGAUGCUGGACCCCAGGUUCAUCGCAGAGCUGGAGAAGCACCUCGGGCAGAAGGAGGCCAGCGCCAACACCAUGUCGUCCGGCGGCGGCCCCGCCCCGGCGGUGGUCCCCGCUCUGCUGCCGCCCCCGCAGUCUUCCAAGCUGGGCCAGAAGAGCCUCGCGCUGUCCGCCGGCUCCCCGGCGCCCCUGCCGGCCUCGUGGGGCUCCAAGGUGCAGAACUCGUGGCACUCCAAGUCGGUGAACCUCAGGCCGUGCGAGCCGGCGGACACGAGGCCCGGCAGGUCCCGGAGCGUCUGUCUUCCCCCGGCGUCUCCCGCCCAGUACACGUCGACAAGGCUCGACCAGUACUGCGUGCCCGGGCAGUCGGAGCACGACCUGGUCCGGGGCUUGUCCAUGGUGAACCUGAGCAAGCUGCCCGUCGAGGAGAACGCGGUGUUGCGCUCGUCGGGGAACUCGACAAGUGCGGGAAGUGCGUCGUCUGCAUCGGCCCCGUCGUGUAGCCCUCUGCCCCCGUUGAUUCCCCCGUGGUUCCCUGGACUGGGCCCCGCCUCGCCAGUCACCAACACCACCAUGCCGAUACCAGGCAUGCCUCACUCGAACAAUUCUCGUGUGCCUUCGUCAUCCACGAGCGACAGACUGGCGGCGACCGGCGGCGGGCAGCUCCAGAGCGAGCGGGUGCGCCAGCUGGCGCGGGAGUGUGGCGACGCGCCAGAGGAGGACUGCCUCUCCGCCCUGCAGGCCGCCGGCUGGGACGUGGCGGCCGCCGCGCGCCAGCUCAAGCUCGACCGGCUCCUCAGGCUGGGGCUGGCCUCGCGACACCAGUGCGAGAUGACGCUGCGGCAGUGCGACUGGGACGUGCAGGCCGCGGCGUCGGCCAUCCUGGACGAGAUGAAGAGCUAGCGCGCUCGCCAGUCCCGCCCGACCCCCGGCGGCAGCUCGGUGUGAUAAACCCCAUCUGCUGGUUUGCAGUACAUCACAAUCCAUUGGGGCAUACAGGUGUAGGAACUGGCAUGUCAGCUUAGUAGUAUUACACAAUACUCUUUACCAGGAGUAUUAUCACAUUCUUUAUGUAUACAUGUACAGUGUAUUUUUUAUAGUUAUCAGUGUGAUAUUGUGAAAUUUUUGAAACUGCUCUUAAACAUAUAAGUUAUGUUUUUGAAGAUGUUUAUAGUUUAUAGGUAAACAGUCUUUCAAAGUGCUAUUUAUUCUCUGUUGGCAUAACUGUGGUCACAUUAAGAUUGUUAUUGUGUACAGUACAUAGUUAACAAUAUUAUUGUUGUCAGCCCCUUGACAAAAAUGUUUUGAUAUAAUAAUGCCUGUAAAGAUAUCACAAACUUAUAUGAUGCUGUGCAUUCACAUUAAGUUUAAACUAUGUAAUUGAGCUCGUAAACAUCAGUAUUAGUUUGCACAAAUGCAGUAUAUCACUUGUAUUAAAAUAUUAAUUAAUAAUUAUUAAUUAAGAAACAAAAUAAUAGACACCCUACAGCAUUUUUUGUCAACAUAAUGUAGCUCAGUACUGAAUUCCUAUUGUGAUGUUUAUGAGCUUUCCACUUUAAAAUUUAUUCUGGCCACAAAAUUAAAUCCUCAGUUGAAAGUUAAAACAUCAUUUUGAAGCAUGAGUAUUGAGUGCCUAGUGAGUAUUAGCACAUGCUCAUUGAAAUUAUGUAAAACUAGUCCAUCUCAACCUGAUGAAGGGUGUUUUAACUGCUGUACCUUUGGCCAAAAGAUAAAUCUUAUUUUAGUAAAAUGAGAGUGAAACAUAAAACAUGUGUUCAUCUAAAUUAUAGUUUUUUUUAUAUUAAUGGAAUUUAUUCAUAGUAACAGCAAAUGACCAGUAAUUCAGCAAAACAUACACAAUUACUUCCAUUUUUUUUUUAAUUUUUUGAAAAAAACGGGACUGAUCUUAACUUAACUGUGAAUGAAGUGAAGUGAUUGCCUGUAAAGUCUAAAACCUACUCCAACCAGAGAUGGCGAAACAUUGGCUUCCCGCGAUGGCGUACAAUAUAAUUAAUUAGUUAAUAUAGCAAAUGUUUUAUCGCUUAUCAGUCAUAGCUUUCAUUUAUUAGUUUAUUUUGUAAGGUUAGAGGAUCCAUUUAAUUACAAUUAAUUUUCAUAAUUCGAAGCACUCAAUGAAUAAAUGUGUGCUGUAAGUUUUAUCUCUAUUACAUACAAAUAAUCCCAUUUAUUUGAAUUUUUGUUUUUUGAAAUCUGUGUAGUAGGUUACUGUUUUGAUAGCUCAGCAUAGGAAAAAUUCACUAAGCUGUUUAUAUGGUACAUUUUUGUGUAGAGAAGCCAUGGUCUGUAACUUAUGGUACAGGAUUUUAAAGGGGAUUGGUCAUCAAAAAGGAGGCAGUACAUUUGUAUAUAAACUUGUAGAUUUCAUUCCUUGUGAACACUUUUUUCCUUCUGAAAUAUGUCUUCCAUCUUUCAACAUAACCAUUUUUCCCCCCUUAUUCUUUAAUCAUGUGGGAAAUGUGUCCGAAAAGUUUAACUUUCUAAUAAAAAUCGGUACGUUCCUGCAAAUUGUAGAUCACUAUUGUAUUGCUUUUAGUUUUGCUUACUAUGAACGAAAGAAAGGACUGUGAUAUUAAAAAUGUGAGAAAUUUUCACAUAAAGUCCUAAAAAUUCAUUUGCCAGGUGGUGUAAUAAAUAGUUAAUUUUUAUCAUGUAGUGAAACAAUGUAUAAAUUAAUCAUUACGAAUGAUCAACCAUGCAGAAUUUAUUUAUGACUUUACAGACAAAAUAACACACUGAACAUGAAUGAGAGUCCAGUCGCAGCUGUUUAUGGCUUGAGUGGUUCCCUCCCGGUAAAAAAUGCAGCUAGUGGACACCACAGAUGUUAUUCAUGACUAGACCUGUGCGAGUAUCAGUUUUUUUAGUUUGAUUCGAAUACGGUACAAAUAUCAAAUUAUUCUCAAAUACGAAUAUCAAAUUUGAAUAGUAAGAAUUAGAAUCCCACUAAAUUUUUUUUUUCCAUGUAUAAAAAUACAUAUUGAAAGAAAAAGUAAAAGUGUAGUGUAGUGGCUUCUGGGAAAUUAGAUAAAUACAUAAUACUUAAGUGAAAGGUUGGUUUAGGUUAAGUCAGCUACAAUUACAUACUUUAUGUUGAAAUAUUCAAAUUUUGAAAGAAAAAUAUAAAAUAUUUUUAAUAGUAAUCAAAAUAGGCUCAGCACAAAAAAAAAUUUAAUUGACAGUCCAAAGUGAAUAUGUAAGGCAAUUGCAGUACAGUAGAGUCCCGCUAAUCCGAACUAAUUGGGACUGAACCCUGUUCGGAUUAGCGAAAAUUCGGAUUAGGCGGAAUUUUCUUAUAUAAUGCCAUUUAUGGUCUUUAUGAGGCGUGGGCUAUUUAACAUCUGAUGUGUCAAAUAUUAAAGAUCAGACACAAAACACACCUUUAUUAUUUAGCGUAUUUAGCAUAAUAUAAAUACGUAAAUAUUUAAGUACUAUGUACGUAAUCAUAUUUUUUUCUUUUUAGUUGAAGGAGAAAUAGAUAAAUCAUAAUUGUCUUAUGUACAUAUUAAUAAAUGUACGACAUUACUUGAAAAAGAACUUGUUUUUCUUUGCUUUUCAAGGUUCAUAAUUGUUAUAAAAAUAUUUCUUUUUACAUCCUAGCCCUGUUCGGAUUAGGCGGAUUUUCGGAUUAGCGGGACUCUACUGUAUGUGUAAGGAAAAUUCAAGAGGGUUGGUUUAAAAAAAUUUUAAAUGAGCAGUUUAAAUCUAUAUUUAAACAUGACAAGGUCUAAAAAUUUGUUUGAAUUUUUCUCUAUGUGAAAAUAAAUAAUUAUUUACAUUAAUAUAUAUUAACAUUUAAGGAUUAUAUUUUUUGACUUGUUUUAACUAAAGUGCUGGGCUAUGUGUGACAAGAUAACUGCCUGAGCUGUCACUGCACUAGGAGUGUGAGUGUAGGCCUGUAUCCGGAUGUCGUUCACUGUGUAUUAUCCACCAGAAAAACAAGUUUUUUUUUCUCUUCGCUGCCCUGUUCUGAACGAAACUAAUCACAGAGCUGGCAUGCCAGGUUUCUGAUCUUUAUGGAUGCUGUCAGUUCUAAUAAAUUUUAACGACCUUCCACUCUCUUCUCCAUAAAAUACUUAAGCUGAUAACUUGGGUGUUAGUAAUGUUUUUGAAUUAUUAUGUUAAAUUUGGCUUUACUAUAUUAGUCUUCUCAAAAUUUAUGUGGCCAGAUGUAACAAAAAACUGCACAUAAAUAAACCUAAAACAUUACGCAAAUCCUGUGGAAAUUUUGUCUCUGCCCCACUAGACAAUUAUUUUGUGAUCUCAAAAUUAUUCCAGACUUUCGACAUCAGCACAGCGGUAUCCGUAAACAACUGAAUAUUCGCACAAGCCUAUUCAUGAUUCAAACAAUGGCAUGAAAUAGAGCUUUUAACAUAUUCUGCUCUAAGGAAAAUUAUUCAGAAACUUUGUAGUUUUAUAAUUUCCCAAAAACAAACUUGGAAAAAAUUAAUCUUUGAUUCCUCUUUGACCUACCGAAGCUUCACACACCCUUAAUUGAUACAAAGUGCUAGUCCCUUGUAAAAACCAUGGAAGAAGAUAGCUUUUGAGUAGGCGUGGGAUUACAUCUAGAUGCAUGUGUUUGUAGUUUGUGGGAAUCAAAUUAAUCACAAAGGUUUGCCAUCUUUGGUAUGAAUUGGUGCUCAAACUAUCUAUUAGUGUUGUAAUAAAAUUUUUAAUGUCUGUUUAUUUAAGCUCAAAAUUAUUAAAGAACAUAAUUUCCCUUUAAAUUAUCAUUCUAAUAAUCUCUGUGAUGAAUUUUCUUUAUCAUAGCGCUAUUUAUUUUCUAUUAAGUACACUUUUUAUGUAGUAACCUAUGUGUUCCUAUACGCACAGACUAUUUUGGCAUUUAAUGAUACAGAGUAUGUAUUCGUACACCAUAAACAUAUGUAUUUGUACACCAUAAACAAUUGUUGUCUGUCCGUUGAUAUAUAAUGUACAUGUUAGAGACUUCACUGUUCCUAGAGACAGUGACAAAUGAACCUAGGCCUAGUGAUUUGACACGAAUGUGUUGACCUGAUGGGACAUUGCUGCUUGUUUCUAUUUUUAAUAGUUUAUAACAAGUAAAAAUUUGUGUAAAACAUGAGGUUUCUCAGCAAGUUUUUGUAUAACUUGCAAUGAAUGUCUACUAAUUUAUGUUUAUAUUUCAUUUUUUGUGCAAAUAAAUUAUACACCUCUAGUACCUGUUGUAAAAAA